CUCUACCCAGCCAUGUUGGUGUGCUCGUGGCCAACACACUCAAUAAGAAAACAAGACAUCUCAAUUCCUUUGCAUCACGGGGAUGAGCAAAAAGAAAAACUCCACGUCUCCCCGCAAGUUUCGGCGCCUCAUCAGUUAUAAUGAACAAAAGCAGUAACCAUGCAUCCUCCAACUAUAUAAAACAAGCUUACGAUUCAUCUAAACAAAGCUCACUUGCACCCCACAUCCAAUCUAAUUCAGUCCAUUGCCAGUUAAUGGCUAGAGAAUUAAACCUCCACCCAACAUCACUAUUCUUCUUCUUAUGCCUCACCAAUGUGUUCUUCACAAUGGCAAGAGCUUCUCUAUCUGAUCACCUAACCAUGGACAAUUUCAGGUGGGGAGGAGAGAAAGAGGACGCGAUCGAAAAGAUUAAUCAGAACCAGCCGCCGUUUGCGACCGACUGCGAUCUGUCGAUUGGUGAGUGGGUGUUCGACGCGUCGUAUCCUCUCUAUGAAGCCAGCUGCCCCUACCUUAGUACUCAAUUCAGCUGUCAGCUCAAUGGCCGGCCGGAUUCCGACUACCAGAGGUGGCGGUGGAAGCCACAGCACUGCUCUAUUCCGAGGUUCAAUGCACUGGAUUUCCUCAACAGAAUCAGAGGGAAAAGGGUGAUGCUGGUGGGGGAUUCUAUAAUGAGGAAUCAAUGGGAAUCCCUUGUUUGCUUAGUAGAAGCAGUAAUACCCAAUGAGAGAAAAAUGGUUUAUUCCAAUGGCCCAUCUACCAUAGCAUUCCAGGCCAAGGAUUUUGAGGCGUCCAUUGAGUUCUCAUGGGCUCCUCUUUUAGUCGAAUUGAAGGAAGAAGAGGAGAACAAGAGAGUCCUGUGCUUGGAUUGCAUUGAAGAGAACGCAAAGCACUGGCGUGGGGUCGAUGUCCUUGUGUUCGAUUCUGCUCACUGGUGGACUCACUCCGGAAAAUGGAGCUCGUGGGAUUUUUACGAGGAAGGGGGAAGGGUAUUCACAAAUCUGAACCCUAUGGUUGCGUAUGAGAAGGGUCUAACAACUUGGGCUAAGUGGGUGGACCUGAAUUUAGACCCUCGAAGAGCUACGGUCAUCUUCCGAAGCUCGUCGCCGCGCCACAACAGGAUAAACGGGUGGCAAUGCUACAAGCAGAGGGAACCCCUGGCGUACUUGGGCCACAGCCAGCGUGUUGCGGGGCAGCUGGUGGUGCUGAGGGAAGUGUUGAAGAAGAUGAUCUUUCCAGUGUACCUCCAAGAAAUCACGAGCAUGGCGGCUCUCCGUCAGGACGGUCAUCCUUCAAUCUACGCCACGAGGGCUCAUGGCGGGCAAGAGCAGCAUAGCAAUACCGAAUUCCUGGUUUCCGAUUGUUGCCACUGGUGCUUGCCGGGAGUCCCAGAUGCUUGGAAUGAGAUGCUCUACGCUCUAUUCUACUCCACUCCCAAUAACUAAGCUAGAAGAGUUUGAUGCAACUACUAGACAGAUAUGAUUCUGAAGUUGUGGUCACAGUUAGCCUCUAUUUCAUGUUUUUCGCCAAGCAAAAAUAUCAUUGUAAAAUAUUCUGCUUCUACCUACUUAUAACUAAGGAUCUUAAAAAAAUGAAGUUUUUGUUAUUUAUGAAAAUUAGAAGGUUCUUUUCCUUUGGACUACGCAUUUAAUUAACUAUUAAACAACAGGUUGAUAAAGUGCUCCCUACAUCUUCACUUGGACUACCUCCUCCUGGGAAUAUACAAAACUACACAAGCAAAAAACAGAAUUCUAACAAAAGUAACAGGUUAUAGCUAUUGAAACUUUUAAGCUCUUUCUCAAUCAACACACUAUAAUCUUAGAUCGAUAACUAUAGGCAUGAAUCAGAGAUCGGCAACCAAUUGGCAAUAGCACUAACUUGGGUUUCCUGUAGGAACAGAUCUUAGGCAGUAUCUGGCCUAAUAGCUCAACAAAUUCAAAUAGGCAAGGCAGUAUCUUGCCUAAUAGCUCAACAAAUUCAAAUAGGCACAAGUGCCCACUCCACAUUCUACGCAGGGAAUGCAGAGGUU